AUGCCUCGCCGCGAAAGUUCCAGCCCUGAAGACAAGAAGCCGCGGAAGGAAGACCUGGAUAACGAAAUUCGACGUCAGAGGCGCCGCUCCAGAUCGAACGACUCCAGAUCUCCACCACGGCGCGACGACAGGAGGAAAGAACGCCGUGAGGUCAAGGAAGAACCCAGGAGCCCGAAGGCUUACAGACAUCGUAGCCCUGCUGCUGCCAGUCCGCCCCGACGGCGCCAAUCCCCACGCCGUUCUCCUAGAAGGGACCGUUCUCCCGACCGAAAUCGUGACCGGGGUGGCCGAGAUGGUGAACGACGCCGAAGUCCUAGGCCCGAUAGACGCAGUCCAAGGCCGGAACGCGAACGACCUGGAUCACGCGAGGAGAAAGGUCGUAAUGAACGUGGUGACGAAUACGGGCUGAGCAAAAAGGAGAAGGGUCCGAAGAAGGAGAUUUGGGGAAAGCCGGAGCAUUGGGAAAAGCCGAAGGAAGAGGAGAUUCCGCCGGAAGAAAAGCAAAAAGUUAACCUGGGCCUCUCGGGAAAGCUGGCCGAAGAUACUAAUCUGUUCCGUGGUGUUGUCAUCAAAUACAAUGAGCCGCCCGAGGCGAAAAAGCCAAAAACGAGAUGGCGCCUCUAUCCAUUCAAAGGCGAUGAAGCCCUUCCGACUCUCUACGUGCACAGACAAUCAGCCUAUCUGGUCGGCCGUGAUCGUGUGGUGGCUGAUCUGCCCGUUGACCAUCCCUCAUGCAGCAAGCAGCACGCCGUCUUGCAAUAUCGGAGUGUGCCGUACACUCGUCCCGAUGGCGUCGUGGGGCGCGCAGUACGUCCAUACAUCAUCGACCUUAGCAGUGGCAAUGGAACAUUCCUGAAUGGCGAAAAACUAGAGGCGCAACGAUAUUACGAGCUGCAGGAGAAGGAUAUUUUGAAGUUCGGCUUCUCGAGUCGAGAGUUCGUCAUCUUGAGCGAGCGGUCCGCCGAACAAGAAGGAGGGUCAAGCGAAGGCGAGGGCGAUGAUGAAAAGCCCGGAAGCCCA